UGAAGUGUCAUGAAGAUUCAAGAGCCGACUGUUUCUAAAUGUUAUAGAGUAACUCUCCAGACCGCAGAAUGGCGCAGAGCCCUCUAACCACCCACAUACUCAACACAGCACAAGGCAUCCCUGCUACUCAUGUCGCUGUCAGUGUUUUCAGACUGGAAGACAAGGCAUGGAGAGAGAUUACAAGAGGGGUUACAAACUCAGAUGGCAGGUGCCCAGGUCUGCUUACUUCAGAAACCUUUGUUCCUGGGAUAUACAAGAUGAAGUUUGCAACAGAUGAGUAUUGGCAAUCGUUAAAGAUGGCCAGUUUCUACCCAUACAUAGAGGUUGUUUUCAACAUCUUGGAUGCAAGUCAGAAGUACCACAUUGCUCUUCUCCUGAGUCCCUUCUCGUACACUACCUAUCGAGGAUCCUAA